AUGAUUCUUGGUUGGAAAAUCAUAUUGGUGUUGAGUCUCUGUACACUCUGCAGAGCUUUGUCAGUGGAACAGGUGCAACAGAAAAAUAUUGAAAUUUUAACCGAAUAUUUCAAUAAGGGAUGGAAAGAGUUUUGUGAUGCCCCCGUCGACGAGGGUGUUAUGUCGCUUUACAAUGGCAUUAAUCCCAGCGAUACCACCAUUCAUGUCCUUACCAUAAAUAAUCAAAGUGUUGAACUGCCCAUACGUGCCUUAUCGGAGAUACGAGAUUUCGAUAUUAACCCGAAUCGCAAGACGUUGUUGUAUGUUAAUGGCUUCUAUACGGAUGAGAGUUAUUUCAGCAUUCAGGCCCAUUUGCAUAUGUUACAGGCUCGCAGGAGAGAUUUAAAUGUUAUUGUGGUCAACUUUGCCAAAGAUGUGCAGCAGUUGUACUAUGCCCUGCGACAUCAUUUGACUCUGCACGGUUACUUUAUAUCCAAAAUACUUUCUGUGCUGGUGGGUAAUGGUAUUGAUCCCAAGGAUAUAACCUUGGCUGGACAUUCGGUGGGUGCUAAUGCCGCGGCAUUGGGAGCCUCAAUUUAUACCACCGAACACAUGCAUAGCUAUUCGACAUUUUCGAUAAUUGACCAACUGAUUGCCAUAGAUCCCUGUUCGUAUAUCUGUGAUUCCCAUGACAUAUUUGUGCGGCGCAAUGUUUCUUCACGUGUGGUGGUAAUUCAUGGUGAGGGUAACUUAUUUGGUGUUCGAGAGCCAUUGGGCACCAUUGACAUCUAUCCCAAUGGCAUUGGAUUUUAUCCAAAACGCAGAAUGCAGCCAGGCUGUGAGAGUUGGGUAUGUAGCCACAUGUAUCCUUUUCUUCUGUUCAUGGAAUCCUUGGUGGAAAGAGUUCCCAUUACUGCCGUCAAAUGUGAGAGUUGGAUGCAAUUUAAGGAUGGCCAAUGCAACUAUACGGAUACCAUUGACAUUGGCAUCAACUAUCCAGUGACUGCCAAGGGUUUGUAUUUCUGUAUUACCCAGGCACAACCUCCGUUCACCCUGAAAGAAGAUGGCUUGGAAUAUCGAAGCAGAAACAGUAUUCUGAAAUAAAGAUUUGAAUGUAUUUGUUGAUCAAUAAAAUUAA